AUGAGCAACAACAACGAAUAUCUCGGCGCUCUCAACGCAGCAGCGGACGCAGCGAACGACGACCGGAUCAAGCUGUCGGGCUUCAACACUAGCCCCUCCCCCACUGGCGGUGCCCACAACACCAAAGUUGACUACCGCCAGGCUCGUCAGGCCUUCGACGAGUUCUUCAAUCACGUUGUCACUCUCCCUGAUGGCCUGGACGACUUCCCAGGACAACCCAAGACCGCGGCCGACGUCUUCAUGCUGGGCGCCGAGAGCCUUGGACCGAAGCCGCUAAUGGCGUGGCUAGAGCUUGUCGCGGCAGGCUCGCGCGGCAACAUUGUCGGUUCCGACGGCCGGCCCGCCGUGUCGUCCUUGGCGCAGUUGCUGGCGUCGUUGUCUGCGCACUUUUGCCAGUCGACAGGCAACGCCCUUGAAGAGGGAAUCACGAAGAAGGUCCUGCGAUGGCUGCGAGAAGAGCUCGCCGUCACUCCCCACCUCACCGACGAUCACCGUCCCAAGGCCUGGUGCGAUGCCAACGUGAUCUUGCUGAUCGAUGGAGCCCUCGACUCUCACUUCCCGAUGCCCGACUCCAAGUCGAGGUUCCAGCUCGUCUUCUGGCUGGCUAUGGCGUACCAGACCCUCUUGCGCGUCAGCUCGACGAUGAGGUCUGGUACGGGCAACGUCACCCAGCGCGAGCAGGUGUGGGAGGAUCUGGAGAUCGUCAGAGUGGCACUCCAGGUGUCUGUCGACUUCACUGUCGCAAACGGCAAGACGGCCAACAGCGAGGACGUGCCAAUUUCGCCAGUCCAGACCGCAAACCCGGCGUUGGACCCCGUCACAAGUUGCAUCAUGUUGGCGUACCACUCUGGCGCCCUCCCCGAUGACUUCCUCGACGUCCUUAAAGCUGGCACAGACUUCCACGUGGAGUUCAAGGCCGACAAGGACGGCGACCCCCUGGUCCUCGGCAGCAUCGGUUUUGGCCCAGACGGCGAGGACAAGGCGCCAUGGGUGGCCACCGCCAUCCGCAACAACCUCAUCCGCCUCUCGUCACACCUGCUGCGUGUCCACCCGACGCUCAUUGUCACUCGGGGCAAUACCGCUCACGACAACUACGUGGCGGUGUCUGACCUCGUUCGCAACAUUGUCUGCGCCGACGAGCAACUCGAGACCAGGUACGAGCAAGUCGAGGAGCGUUACAAAGAGCUCGUCGACAAGCAUGUCCUGGACGACUUCCCCGAUAUCGAUCACCCCGCUCUCCUCUUUCCGUCGGGCGAAGACAGCAAGUAUUGCGCCCUCAGCGCUUUGGACUUUGUGUCCACCUUCCCGUACGAGAACGUGGACACGAUGCGCACGAUGAUGUUCGACACUGGCAUCAUCUCGGCAACGGAAUACCUGUCGUACGCGAAAGCCUUCCAAAGGGCACAAGAGGCCGAUGACUCCGAGGACGUCAUCGCAGACGAGGGUGUGUCUGCCCCGCAGACUCAAGACCCCCUUGCUGUUGUCGUCCCCCAGUCAGGUGAUCCCGAUUCGGAAGACGACGAGCCCUCCUUGGACGCUUCUGCCCGGCCGUACGCAAACGUCAAGCUGCUCCAGCAGCUGUGGACGGACCAGCACCCCAGUGUCCCCCUCCACGAGCGGCUGAGGAAGCUGAUGAUAGCCUUCCCAACCAACGAGGGCUGGCCAUCUCGUAUCGCCAGCGACAUGCCCCGCUCGAUGGCUGCUGCCAGACGUGCGGCCACGACAUUGUCGCCGAGGUCAAGGGCGCAAUAA